AAUGCUUAAGACAGUCGCUUUUAUCACGCUCGCGGCGUCAUGCCUCGCUCUUCCCGCCCAAGAUACAAGUCAUUCGAGCAACGAGCUCGAAGGCCUCACCGACUGCCUCAAAAAAGAUUCAACAGCAUGCCUCAAAUACAAAUUCUUCUCGUACGUGGACAAGAUGAUCGGACAAAAGGAAACGUUUUCACUUACCGACGGGGUAACAGUUGUGCGAGCGAACGAUGUACCUCCGGAGACAGGCGCGCCUAGAUCUUUAGACCCAGUUACAAAGAUGCAGAAAUACUUCGAAACGCAUUCCUUAAGAGUUGAAGUUAAGGGUUCUGACGUCAUUGAUACUGUGUCGAGUGUCGGUCGAGCGUUAGAAGACACGGUGUCAUCGUUCACAGAAGACAAUGAUCUCUCUGAAGAAGGAAGAGGGAAGAAGAAGAAGGCACAAAAAAUCCUCGGUCCCAUUCUAGCUGCUGUCAUGUUGAAAAUGAUGGCUCUAUUACCGCUCGCAAUCGGCGCUAUAGCGCUUAUUGCUGGAAAAGCGUUGCUGAUUGGAAAGCUUGCGUUAGUGCUGUCAGCGAUAAUUGGGUUGAAGAAGCUCCUGUCACAGCAGAAGCACGUGACAUACGAAGUGGUCGCACACCCUCACCACACAUCAAGUCACACAUCUAGUCACGAUUACGGUGGUGCGAGUGGUUACGGCGGUGACGCCGGUGGUUACAGCAGUGGCGGUGGCGGUGGCGGUGGCGGGCACAGCGGGGGCUGGGGUAGAUCCAUAGAUGCGCAAAGCUUGGCUUACUCCGCGCAAAAGCAAUAGCUUUCCGUGACCUAGUAUAAUGGCCUCUUUACAAGACGAUUUCUCUGCAUUAUUUAUUCCUCUUGUGUAUGUGAUGUGCGUAUUUAUGACUGAAUUGAUAUAUAAGUAAACCUUAUAGGUGAUUUGUAACUAUAUAUUAUAGUUUAUGUAUUUUAUAUUUAACUAAACAUAGUUAAUUUAGAUAAAUAUAUUUAUUUUAAUUUUCUCAAUGCGUACCUGGCUUUAAUUAUGUAA